AUGUCGGUGGAAAAAGAAGUGGGCAGUGAUUGUAAAAGAUGUAAGGUGGACUGCAGACUCACAGAUGCCCAGAGUAAGAGGUUACAGGGCUCUCUUCCCGCCGCCCAAGAUGCGAAAAGGAAAGAAGGCCAAGGGGAAGAAGGUGGCUCCGGCCCCUGCUGUCGUGUGAAUCCCCUAUUUGAGAAAAGGCCUAAAAAAUUUGGCAUUGGACAGGACAUCCAGCCCGAGAGACCUCACCCGCUUUGUGAAAUGGCCCCGCUAUGUCAGACCAGAGACAAAGCAAGAGAAGAAGCAGAGGCUGUUGGCCCAGGCCGAGAAGAAAGCGGCUGGCAAAGGGACGUCCCCACUAAGAGACCACCUGUCCUUCGAGCAGGAGUUAACACCGUCACCACCUUGGUGGAAAACAAGAAAGCUCAGCUGGUGGUGACUGCACACGAUGUGGAUCCCAUUGAGCUGGUUGUCUUCUUGCCUGCCCUGCGUCGUAAAAUGGGAGUCCCUUACUGCAUUAUCAAGGGGAAGGCAAGAUUGGGACGUCUAGUCCACAGGAAGACCUGCACCACUGUCGCCUUCACACAGGUUAACUCGGAAGACAAAGGUGCUUUGGCUAAGCUGGUGGAAGCUAUCCGCACCAAUUACAAUGACAGAUAUGAUGAGAUCCACCGUCACUGGGGAGGCGAUGUCCUGGGUUCCAAGUCUGUGGCUCACAUCGCCAAGCUCGAAAAGGCAAAGGAUAAAGAACUUGCCACGAAACUGGGUUAAAUGUACACUGUUUUCUGUACAUAAAAAUAAUUAAAAGAAUGCAAAUUUUCCUUCA